AUGCUUGCACGCUGCGGCAGCUUGAAGCAUCUCACGCUGAAAGGAAAAGGGGAGGCCAGAGAGAGUAUAUCGCCUUCUAAGUCGCCGCAGAAGCCGUCUUUAGAGUGCCGGGUGGCCAUGCUGGUGUGCGUGGAGCAGCAGGGGGUCGUUGGAGCGGAGAGUCGGGAAGGGGAGGACAGAGGGGGAGGAGGAACAGAUGUGUCCGAUGCGGCACCAGCAGCAGCAGCAGAAACACCAGAAGAAACAACAGCUGAAGGAGCCACGCCGAUAGCCACCCAAGAGGGGAUGAGGGGCAAAAGGAACCGGCGGUACUACCUGGAUAUCUGUACGGAAGCAGCAGCAGCAUGCUCUGACUCCGUCGCCGCAAUUGACGAGUCAAAGUCCGUGCUGACGACAGGUCAGUGGAAGCUGAGGAAAGCAGCUGAGGAAGCCCUGCAGACUCUCCACACGCACGGGGAGUUGGCCCUCGCGAGCAUCCGGCAUGCGGUCAUUGAGGUGCGGGCGGCCAUGUCUCUGUGCCGGUGCAUGUGGCUUGCUAUGGUCCACCUGGACGGCAGGGUUGUACGUGACAAGGCAAUGGCAAAGGUCUGCUCCACUGCUGAGUCUGCUGGGUUCUUCACUGCAGCAUUGGACCACGAGAGAGAGGAGGCAGAACGGGAGAGGGAGGGGCGGGGUGGAGGAGGAGGGACGGAGGUGGAAGAGCUGGUGGGGUUCGUCCCUGAGAGCAAGCUGCCAGCUGAUCUGGCGGAGUUGUCUUAUCCCUUCCCCUCUGCCUCACCUCGCAUGUGCCCCUCUCCCCCCAUCACACCCCUCCCUUCCCUUCAUUCAUCCUCCUCCCCCUAUCCUGUCCCAAGAAAUCCGAGUAGCGAGCCACAUUCCUUCAAAUCCCUGGCACGAGCUGCUGUGUUUGCAAGGCUCAAGAGCUUGGCGCUCGUGAACUCCUAUGGGGUGGGGGAGGGGCAGCUGGUGAGGCUGCUCAGUGCAUGCGGCAUGCUGGAGGACCUGCGGGUGGAAGGCAGUGACGGGUUCUCAGAUGCCAUCAUAGCACAGAGUAAAUCGGAGUUGCUGACUCGGUUGACUGUGGUGGAGUGCGGUGGAAUCACUGCAGGCGGCAUUGGAGGGUUGUUGGGGAAUGUGCCAAGGCUGCGGUAUUUGAAGGUGGAGGUGAGUAAGGUUUCUGACAGGGCUCGGAAGGAGUUGCUUCGUGCAGGAGUGGCUGUUAGGGGUGUGUGA